CAACCCUCUGUCCACCGGAGCGAAUGUGAAAAUGGCCCCCGACAAUGCGCUCAACGGUGAACAACACCCGCGCGUCGAAUCCGCAGUGGAUAUCGUUGCAGUGCCAGCUAUUGGUGCGGACCCCGGGAGGACAUGGCUCGAUGAGUAUUCACAAACGCCGUGGCUUCUUACCGAGUUAACCAGAUGCAUCCCAACCGCUCGGGUUUUAUUUGCAGACCAUGGACACCUUGACUCUCGAGAUGAUCUGGACUCACUGGCUCACCGGUUGUUAAAAUGGCUUCUAGAGGAACGGCGGGCAACUAGCCUUAGGCGCCCUAUCUUCUUCAUCUGUCACAGCACGGGCGGACUUGUCGCCAAAGCAGCGCUUGUAAUAGCCAGCCAACUGACAUCCAGACUUGGUUCGAUCCUGUCAAGCUGCUAUGGCAUCGCAUUUCUGGCGACUCCGCAUCACGGCUCGACUUAUCUGUCGGCUCCCGAGUUCACCAAAAGUGUUCAGCGCUUGAUGAGACUCAAACAUCGCAUCCCACCUCGCAUUCAGGAGCUCUUCAAACCGAGGCAUUCCUACCUCUUGCGUCUUUCGAGCGAAUUCAAGGCAAUAUCGGCAGAUAUCAAGCUUUGGACCUACCUGGAGACCGUCGAUUCGACUUUAAGUAUUGCCGACUCCGAGGCUGGAACCACCAUAGACAUGCAUGUUCCCAUCACGUCCAUUCGAUCCGGUAUUCUUGGUUUUGAGCAUGAGAAAGAAACCCCUCUGGCUACUGACCACGUUGGCACUGCGGCUUUCAAGGGCCAGGAGCUUACAACAAGAAUCAGUUUCAUAGAUGAACUACAUGAAUCUGUUACCGUGGCUAUUCAUCUAUCGAAGCUAACAGAUGCCCCAUUAGACGUUGACUUGGAAGUAAUGGUCCAGGUAAAUGGCUUUUUCGAAGACACCGCGCGUGGCAUUAGUGACGAAACCCCUUUGACAUUAUGGUCAACUAAAGCGUCUCUCCGCGAGUAUUUGGCCAAUGGACCCUCUUCGUGCCUUAACCUUAGGCUUCAAAGGACAGCCGGAAUACCAGCGAGCAUCUACGACGACUCUUCUAUAAGCAGCUUUGACAGCAGACCCACUUCUGCUCAGGUUCGAGCGUCAAUGGAUGGCAUAUUACACCCAAGGGAUGCCUCUGUAACGGAUGCCAACAGGCCUGAAAAUGUUCCUCAGAGACCCUCAAUAAAGAAGAGUCGCAGCUUUUUGGGCCAUAUAUCUCCUCAGAUCCAUAUUACUGAGCCAGCCGUUCACGACUACUUUGAUGUACAGCCAGAAUUAAGUCAAGGUGUAAAGAUAUCUGACUCGCAACCCCAGGAUAAGACAGGAGAUGCAACCCAAAGCGAGACGGGCGUGGGGAAUGUUACGGCAACCUCCAGUCCUCCCAGGUACAAAAGCUUCCUACCGAUUCCGCCGCCCUCCCGAGAUACUGUCGAUCAGCAGAGGGCCGAGAUGCCUCGGAAGAUGCCACGAUUUGACCAGCCAGAGCCAGGGAGCGAGAAGCUUCUUUGGAUUCAUGUGCCUUAUACCCACACUGGAUGGGUACCAGCUAUACUUACCAAGGCUUGUGGGGACCAUGACAGACAGAGAUUUGUGGAAGAAUUCAUCAAUGACGAAUACUGGUACUCGAAUCUCAUCAGAGCUCGUCACCUCGAACCCCACGCUCGCUAUGUGAGACCCAAUUGUAUUUACUUCAAACAGAGCGAGCCUCCGUCUUCCGAGACUAUGGAUGGGUAUCAUGAUCCUAGAUUAGCUUUAUACAUACCAUAUCUUCAUUGGGAUACCUACUGGAAUCUUGUUCAGCGGCGUAAAGUUGUCGAAGACAGAUUGCGACAAGGGCGUUUCAGACCAGUGCCAGAUGACAUCUCCCAAGCGAGCCUGGAGUCAAAGUUGAUCUGGAGAUAUCUCGGCAGUGAACCGCCUAUUCAUAUCCGGCGAACGUUGGACCAAUUCGGAUAUCCUAACUUACGAUCGACCGUGGCAAGAGACGAUGACCAGAUGCUCUGGAAACGGACGAAAAAGGUCGUUAAUCUUAAUGACGAGAUAAGAAUUCCCGCCGAAGCAGAUGAUAUCACCAACACCAAAAACACAUUCAUGGAUGGAAAGGUCCUUAUGGUCGAUCAACUCUGGCUAUGGAUUGUCGAUGAGAAGACAGUCGUCACUUUCUUCCCCAACCAGGAGGCUACGACGGCAGAAGGCAAACUUUACGAACAGUCAAAUCUCUAUAGCAGCAUAUACAACGAGCUUAAUGGAGACCUCGCAAGACGCUUCGAAACAGCUGGCGACCUUGCUUCCUUAAUCGUGCUACAUGCAGUCACCGUUCUUUUGGACCGGACAUUGCACCGUGACCUGCAGAUACUCCGGAUAUUCGAAGAAUCUAUCAGCAUCCUUACUGAAAUCGUGACCAAAUCAUUCAAACGUUUCCGAAAUCGCGGUUUCAACACUCGACCCGCCGACUAUAACAAGAACGCUGAAGGCAGGCCCAUGUCCGCUGCAGAGCGCGAUGAGAGGGAUAAUAAAGUAGCCAGACGAAACCGGGAAGACCUCUCCACAUUGUUAGAGCUGAGAGACAUCGUGGACGAACUAAGCACCCUCCUCAAACUCCUCGAGCAGCAAGCAAAUACAGUGAGAACCAUGUCCAGCUACUUCGAACACAAAGGCUGCGGACAAGCAUUCAUCGAAUCAGCCCUAUCAAGACUGGAAGAGUACCGUAACCAAGUCCUUGAAAUGCGAGAGAACGCAUCAGUUGCACAGAAAGCAGUCGAAAACCUGCUCGAUCUCAAACAAAAGCAAGCCAGCGUUGACGAGUCCCGUCUCGCCCGCUGGGAAGCAGAAGUAACUCAAGACCAAUCACGAUCCGUAAUGGUCUUUACAAUAUUCACCAUCAUCUUCCUCCCCCUCUCCUUCUUCACCUCCCUAUUCGGCAUCAAUGCCCGUGAAUGGAGCGGAGAACAAGAGAACUUAACCCUGGGCCAGAUGCUAUACAUAUCAGGCCCCGCCUCCUUCGCAAUAAUCAUGUUCGCCCUCCUAAUAGCCUUCAACGAACGCCUGCGCGAAACCCUCUGGCGCGCCCAAAAGCUCGUCCUAAAUAUAAUCGCAGAUUUCCUCCUCGCGCCGGUCACAUUACUCUUCCAAUGGAGGAGGAGGAAGGUAAAGACGGCCUCAGGUUCGGGUACGAAGAGGCCUGAGCCUGAAUCUGGGAGUAUGCAGCCUAAGAAGGGUCGUCGUGGGCUGGGAAAAUAUAGACGGAAUAAUAAGAUACAGAGACAACAGUCGGGGGAGGAUAUUUGGUCGGAACAUGAGGAUAAGAUGAUGGGUGGUGCUGGUGGUGUGGGGCGUCCGGUCUUGGUGGAUGGGGAGGUGGAGAGGGAGAGGACGGAUCCGUAUGCGGAGAAGGGGAGGGAGUGGGGAGUGGGAUAGAUAGAUGGUUAUUUAUUACUUAAGAUGAUGGAGAGGUGGGUAUUUGGGUGUGGAUAGAUGAGGUUGGGAGAUUUGAUGUGUUUGGGCUUGGUGUUUGUUUUAUAGAUGGGAAUGUAUGACAUCGCUUUGAUGUUGGGUGGCAGUAAAUUUAGGUCCGAUAUUGUUGAUGGGUAUCAUCAUGAUACUACAGUAUCUCGUAUGUUACUUGGAUGGCAAUGACAUUUUAUCACUACGUUA